AACAGGUGGGACGGAAGUUCCACAAAGCAAAGUGCGACGAGGGAAGGGAACUGAACGAAACGAAAGGAAAGAAGAGCAUAAAACUGGGAAAGCUACACGUAACCUCCCAUACGGCCAUAUACACACGGCAACUCCUCCCCUCCCCGAUCCCUUUCUCCCUCCGCGCGCGGUAUCGGCCCGUCCGUCACACACACCAUGGCCUCCACACCGCGGACGCCCGCGCCAGACAGGUCGCCGCCGCCGCCGCUCGUCACACACACCAUGCCGUCCACGCCGCGAACGCCGGUGUCGGACAGGUCGCCGCCGCCCGUCACGCACACCAUGCCGUCGACACCGCGAACGCCGGCGCCGGACAGGUCGCCGCCGCCCGUGCCCACUCCUCCCCCGCCCCUGGAGACGCCUCCGCCGCCGUCUCCCUCGUCACAGCCGGGCGACGAGUACCACACGCCGCCGCCGUCUCUGGCCGACGGGUCGCCGCGGGAGGAGGCCAGCUUCCCCAGCGACGGGGCCCCCAAGAGCCCGCAGCUCUCGCCCAUGCGCCUCGCCGCGCCACGCCUCCUGCCGCCGCCCAGCCCACCCACCCCCACCGCGCAGAACGGGCAAGGAGAAGAAGGGGGCGCGAAGGCCGCGGCGCGCGAGCCGCUCCGCCUGGCGACGGGCCUCGCCCGGUCGCCGUCUUCGCAGAGGUCGCUCGCCACCGCCACCAACUCCCUUUCUCCGUCGCCCUCGCCGACGCCUCCGUCGCCGCUGACUCCCGCGCCCGUGGUCGACACCAGCAGCAACAACAAUAAUAACAGGAGCGGCCAGAGCACGCCCAAGCGCGCAGAGACGAAGGUGCCGCUGCCGCUGCCGUCGCCGGCCGCCACGGCUGCGGUCGCGGUUCGCUUCGACCCAGUCGAGGAGGCCGUCACGUCGCCGCUGCACCUCGGCAAGGCGCGCCUCGACCAGCAGCAGGAGCAGCACGCGGCGGCGGCGGAGAACGCGGGAUCAUCCGUGCCCCCCGAUGUGGCGGCCGUGGCCGCGGUCGGCGAGCGGAGGGAGCUGUCGGUGACGCUGCGCCUGGCCACGGCGGUGCUCAGCCUCGCGGCCUUCUCGGUCAUUGCCAGCGCCCGGACGUCCGGAUGGGCCGGCGACUACUACGCCCACCACCUGCAGUACAGGUACGCCGUCGCAGUGAACGUGAUCGUCUGCGCCUACUCGAUCGCGCAAUCGUUCGGCGAAAUCCGCCGCCUGAUCUCACCCAGGUUUAUAUUCCGGAGCAUGUCAAGCUACUACUGCAGCCUGUUCCUGGACCAGGCUCUGGCGUACCUCCUCAUGUCGGCGUCGUCGGCGGCCGCGUCGCGCAACGACCUGUGGGUGUCCAGGUUCGGCACGGACGCCUUCAACAGGAAGAUCACCAGCGCCCUGUGGCUGUCCUUCAUUGCGUUCCUGAUGCUCGCUCUGAACGCGCUCAUCUCCACGGCUAAUCUCUUCAGCAUGGUCUGACACGGCUGCCCUGACAUUGUUGGGAUCCAGUACUACUAGUUGUAAAUUUUGGAGUAACUACAGCCACGGAUUAGUCGGAGCACACGCUGUUCUUUUUAACUGGCGCAUCAGGACCACACUUUUAUGAUUUUUGUUAUCAGGGGCUAAUAUAAUGUUUUUCUUUUGUUUAUAUAUAGGAUUUCUAAGCAUCCCAAAUGUUUUUUUUCUUGAUCAGCCGUUAGGUACGAUAAGAUUAUCAACAACUUCCUCUGUAUUCUAUUCUACUCAUGUAAAGCACCGGUUUCGUUCGUCA